UUGUUUUUUCUUUCUUUCUUCUUUUUUAAAGUCGUCCAAUAAACUCUUCUCUUUUCCUUCUAUUCUCAGUAACCUAGAAGCUCCUAUAGGUUUAUCUCCCCUCCCUGCCCACAUAUACACACACACAAUAUACAUCAAGAAUAAAGUUGAACUUAUGGGAGUUUCUGAGAUGAGAGAACUCUACAUACAUACACAGAGACACAGAUAUAGAGACAGAGACAGAAACAAGAGAGAAUAUGGAGGGAGAAGAGGGCCUAGGAGAGAACUUUGGGAAAUACCCUCAGUUAGGAGGGGUGAUAUGAGCGAUAAUUCAACAAAGGAGAAUGAAAAGUGGUCAGUUAAAAAGAGAACCAGGAAAAAAUAGUGUCACAAAAAUCCAAAGAGGAGAUAGUAUCGAGGAGAGAAGGCGGUCAACAGUAUCAAAUUCAACAGAUAAAUUGAGAAAAGAACAUCAGAUUUGGCAUUUAAGAAGUUGCUGGUAACUUUGGAGAAGGAAGUUUCAAUUGACGAUGAGGUCAAAAGUUAGAUGGCAAAAGCCUGAAGAAUCAGAGGAGGAGGGGGAAAUAAGUUUCAACAAUAUUUUUAAGGAAUUUGGCUGAGAAUGGGAGGAGAGAUAUGGGAUGAUACUGAGGUGUCUCUAGAGUUUACUGAGAGAUUUUUAAGGCUGGAGAGACCUGGGUAUGUUUGAAGGCAGGAAGGAAGGACCUUUACUUUUUUUUUUCCCCCCUCACUAAGGUCCUAUUUUUCUUGCUUCUUUAUCACAUUGAGGCUGGAGAGAGAUAACGGCCUGCAGGCCUAUCUCUCCUGUCUAAUCUGAUACUGCUCCAGGUCCGUGGGGCAAUGUGGUUAUUUCACUCUCUGUGAUUCUGAUGCUAUUUCAGCUUUCCUGGUGUGGUGCCACCUCUUUGGUGUCUAUGGAUGCUGGUGGAGGCCAUACAGCCAGAGAAUGAACCACACUGAUAAAGGACCAUGGCAAAGCUUGGAUUGUUCUUCCUCACCACUGGGUCCCCCUGGGAUAAGGGUAACUCAAAAGGGCAAGUAGCUGAGGAAAGUGUGAGAACUGCAAGUACUACAGGAAUUUCUCACUGUUUUUCUUUCUGUAAUAUAGUAGUUUGGCAAAUAUUCUGAGGGCAGAUCUAACACAGAUGAACAAUGAACAGCAGUAGUCAAAAAGGAGAAUGGUAUUUUAGGAGAUCCCUGGAAGAUGGCUGAUAGAAAAAAAGGCUUAAGAAAAGUCUGUGAUAGAAGAUCCUGAAAAAAGAUUUGGAAGCAAGGGAAGAGUUAAGAAAGCAGAUAGAGGAUGCUAUGGAAGAAAGAGAGAAAACCCCAAUCUACUUAGGGUAGGAAUACUGAUGCUACAUGUAAUACUAGCUGAACAUCAUAACACUGACCAAAAAAAAUUCUAUGAGAGAAUGUCAUAUUUCCUUUCUGAGACUCCAGCUCCCUUUCCCCAUUUCCAAUUGCCGAUUCCUUCUCCAAUCCAUACUCCCCAGAGGCACCAAACAGAAACCUUUUUGACUCCAAGUCCAUGACUAUGUCACUCCUCUGCUCAAAUUUCAGGGGCUUUCAAUUUCAUCUAGGGUAAAACAGAAACCCCUGUGUUUGGCAUCUAAAGCCCUUUGUGAUCUGACUUUUACCUUUCCUGACAUUUCAGAAUCAUGGGUACAGAAGAAUAGAUUUGGAAUCAGAGGACUUUCUACCCUUGUGGUCAAGGGAAAUUAAUUUAAUGCUGUCUGGGCCUCAGUUUCCUCCGAUGACAACUUAAGUAGUUGGACAAGACAGGCUCCCAGGUCCCUUUGCCAGCUCUAAAAUUUAUGAUCUCUGAUCCUCCUCUUCUACACUGCAGCCAAAGGGACAUGCUUGCUAUUUCCUGUACAUGACAUCUAUGCUCUUUCUUACUCUGACUUCUGUGCAGGCCACCCUUGUUCUCAGAGUCCGUUCCUCCUUUAUGACCACCUUCUGGAAUACCUCCUCUUCCCUUCAAGGAUCAGCUCAAGGACUAUAUUCAAUAAGAGCCCUUUCCUAGUUUCUCUAGCUGUUGGUGCUGCCCCAACCCCAACCACUCAGUGCUCAUUCUGUGUAGGUAUUUGUAGUCACCUAUCUUACUUAGUAUGUGUUGCUUAUCCCUUGUCCCAGGUGAGCUCCUGGAGGGCAGGGAUUUUUUGUUUUUAUAACCCCAGCAACUAGUCCAGUGCCUUUAAGGUGCUUUGUAGGUAUUUAAUAAAUGUCUGGGUAACCGAAUCAAGCCUGGUGAGGGAACAGUGGAGACAAUCCACAGAAAUGGGGGUUACUAUUAUUAUCAUGGAUUCUAGUGGAAGAUGGGAAGAAAUAGAGGGAGGAGACAGAGAAAUUAUCAAUAGAAAAAUGGGGGUUACUGUUAUUAUUGUGGGCUCCAGUGGGAGUGGGGAAGAAUAGAGGUAAGGGGCAGUAGAGACAAUCAACAAACCUGAGGUUCAAAUCACUUUUCUCUUGCAUCUUGAUUAUAAAAUAAUUUUCACACAAUGACCCUAUGAGGCCAGCAUUGAAAAUAUUUUCAUUUUACAGUUCAGGAAACUAAGGUUAAGAGAUUUUUCCCAUUAUCAUACUGCUAAGAGUCAAAGCUUGGUAUUUAAGUCUUGCCAUGAUAUCAAACUGCCCUUGAACUAAUGUACUUAAUGUCCUAUUUAGCUGAACCCAUCAUUGGACUUCCUUCCCACCCAGAACUGGAACUCCAUUGAUUCUGGCUAAGGGACACUCUGGCCUCUUAGAAAAGUAUGUAGAAUGGAGUGAGAGCCAGCACUGGGGAGUGGGGAGGCCUCAAGCCCCACCUCCAACACUUUGUGGUUGUGUGACAAAUCAAUAGCCUCUCAGCAACCCAAGAGACUCCUUAAGUUUUGGGGCAGAUGCCAUCUACAUUGGCAGCCUAUGUUUCCUCACUGGGAAUGGUCUAUUCCAACGAAAUCACAGAUCUGAACCAAAAAAGGAAGAACAAAGAAGGGAAUGCUCACUGUGUCUAUGGGGGUGGGCAGGGAGAACAGGUAUUGUGUGGCUAAAAGGAGGGAUUGAUUGGAGAAGGAAGCCAGGGAAGGAGUCAGCACAAUAAAGUAGAAAAAGCAUUAUAGGGAAUCAAGAGGCCCAAAAGGCAGCUAACUGGCAUAGAGGUUAAAGUGCUGGGCUUGGAGUCAGAAAAAUUCAUUUUUGUGAGUUCAAAUAUGGCCUCAGAAAUUUACUAGCUGUGGGUCCCUGGGCAAGUCACUUAACCCUGUUGGCUUCAGUUUCUUCACCUAGAAAAUGAGUUGGAGAAGGAAGUGGCCAACCACUCUAGUAUCUCUGCCAAGAAAACCCCAAAUGGAGUCAUGAAGAGUCAGGAAUGACUGAAAAACUAUUGAACAACCAUAAACAAGGCCUAAUUUUAAGGGUUGGGCCUGCUGCUACAAAUUGUGGGCAAGUCUCAUUCCUUCUCUCAGUCUCAUGUUCUUCAUCUGAAAUAAAGACAAUUUGAUGUUUGUUGAAGCCCAUAUGAGCACACAACACAUCCACCUUCUCCCUACUCCCCAGUCACUCACAGUGUAUAAGGAAGCAUUUAUUGAGUGCUUGCUAUUUGCAAAGCACAAGGGCUACAAAAAGAAAAGAGAUGGUUUUGGUUUUUUUAGAGCUCAUGUUCUUACAGACUCAACAGAAUGGUAUUAAGCUGGAGACAUAUAUCCUAGUUCUGAUCCUAGGUGAGCUCAGUGACUAGGUGAAGGUUAAGGAACCUUUGUAAGCCUCGGUUUCCUCAUCUAUAAAAUGGGAUAAUUACUACACUACUUAGUUCCUAGUUUUAUGAAGAAAGCACUUGGCUAACAUUAAAGCACUGUAUAAAGGCUGGUUGUUAAUUUCUUUCUUCUCAUAGCUUUAGUACCCCAAUCCUUUGAGUUCUCCCUAACUUCCCAUAAAUUGCCAUUUUGAUGCCACUAGCUUGUGCAGUGGGUAGAAUGUGAACCUGGAGUCAGGAAGACUUGAGUUCAAAUCCAGCCUCAGAUACUUAUUAGCUAUAUGACCCUGGAUAUGUCACUUAACCUCUGUUUUCCUCAAGUUUCCUCCUCUGUAAAAUGGGGAUAAUACUAACACCAACUUCCCAGAAUUGUUGAGUAAAAUGAAAUAUUUGUAAAGUGCUUUGCAAACCUUAAAAUGUGCUAUAUAAUGCUAGCUAUUAUUAUUAUUGCUAUUAUUGUUCCUUCCUGGGAAGCUCCUUUUCCCUAUUCCCAACCCUUAUUUCCAAAGGAAGAAAAUCCUAUCUUUGCAGCUUCUGUGUGUACCAUAUUUUCUCUUUCAUUUUUCCAAGAGGAGCCUCUGAGAGGCAAGGAUGGAGGGACCAGGGGGAGAAAACAGGAAUGGCCUCCCCACCUAUAUUAUUGCAACUGGCAAAAAGUAGCUUGACUUCUCCUCCUCUAUAAAGUCUACCUGUUUGUUGGGAUUGUUGAGAAGACUUUAGUACAUUUCUCUGAGUUGGGAAGUUUUGAUAUUAGAGUAUAUGGCUUCCUCUUCAAUUUCUCUCAGUCAUAUAAUAAUAAUUAUUUUCAACAACUAUAACAACAGCAUAUAUUGAUACAGGGUGUCCCACAAGUCUUAGUGUCAUUUUAAGCUUUAAUGGCUUUGGGAAUAGCUCAAAUGCCCUGCUCACAACAACCCUGUUAGGAAGGAAAUAGAAGUAUUAUCAAUCCCCUUUUUGCAAAUGAGGCUCAAAGAGGAAUGAAUUGGCUGUGUUCACAAAGUCAGUAUUGUUGGAGUUAAUCUGAGUCCCAGUGAGCCUAUCUUCAGGUCCAGGGCUCCUUCCCCUACACUCACAUGUUUCUCCCUGUGUCCUUUAUUUUUUAAUUUAUUUUUAAAUUUAUUUUAAACCCUUACCUUCUGUCUUGGGAGUCAAUAGGCAGAAGAGUGCUAAGGGCUAGGCAAUGGGGGGUCAAGUGAUCUGUUGGCCUGGAACUCAAGGGACCUGAAUUCUAGUCUUGGUUUCAUCAAACUGUGUGCCCUUUGGCAAGUCACUUGUCUUCUUCACUUUAUUUAACUUAUGUAUGAAAAGAGGGGAUUGAAUUAGAAAAUCUCAGGUUAAAACUUGUUUAAGACCUUUAAGCAUCAAAAGGAGAUAUACAGCUUAAGAAUUCCAGGAGAUAGAUAUACCAAGCGAGGAUGCUUUUUUGUUUAAGACAGGGAUAUAGCCAAGUGUGUAGAAAAGAAAACACAAACCAAGAGAAAAACCUAAAUAUGAAAAACAAACAUGAAUAUGAGGGAGUCUUGGGGUCCAAGGUAAAAAAGGAAUAGGUUUUUGGAGGAGAUAUUAAAGAGAUAAGGAGACUGAGAAGGGAACAUAUGGAAUCAAGGCCAGAAGUGAAAGUGUUAAGUUUGGGCUAUGAAGAUUAAGAGACGGAAUGGAAGAGAGGAUAUGGGAGGACACAGUAUAUUUGCUCUAUACCUGCCAUUUAUAGCUUAAUUCCUUUGGGCCAAGGCCUGCUUUAAAAAUCAAAUCUUCCCUGGGAGAGCUAAAUCAUCUGCUGUUACUAUAUUGUCUAUUAAUACUUCAGUAAGGACACUGAUAAGAAGAAUGAAAUAUUUUAUGGAAGAUCAAUGUUGACACACAAACCUGGCAAUUUUGUCCAGGUCCAGCUCCAGAUCCAGGACUCUCAUACAUUUGUAUAUAAAUGGGAGUCACAGACCUGUGUUCAAAUCUUGGCUCUGACUCCUUAGACAGAGGCAGCAUUGGGUGAUAGGAAGGUCAAAGGGAUCUGGAGUCAGAAGUUCUGGCUUUGAAUUCUGGUUGGAAUGCUCUGUAGUUCUUUGUAGCUGGUCAAGACACUUCCCCUUUCUAGGCCUCAGCUUCCUCACCUGUCAAAUGAAGCCUGUGGACCAGCCACCCUCUGAGAUCCUGUCCAAUGCUGAUAUUCUAGCCUCAGUUCUUUCUGUCACUUAGUACUUUACUUUUACAAAGAUCCAUCUCCCAUUUCUCCUUUUCCUCACUGAGAAAUAUUACUGGGAGCUAUUAGUUCCCAUUAUUAUUAUUAUUACUUUAUUAGCCUCAAUUCUGGGCAAGUCAUUUCCUUAACUACUUUACAGGGUUAUUGUGAGGAUCCUACCUCUGUCAUUAUAACCUAAAGAGUCAUUUUUUUUUUACUUCUGGGACCUUUAGUUUUUUCAGUCAUAAAAGGGGGUGGUGGUUUAAGAGACUAACCUAUAAGACUGUGGUAAUGAGUAAGACUCAUAAAACCUCAUUUUUGUAUGGGACCAGUGAUUUCAUGGCACAUGGAGCUCACAAUGAGCAGCCUCCAUCUACCAAAGCAGAUCUACCACAGUUCUUAAGAGAGUAGCCUGGGGCCUCAUUAGUGAACUUGCCCAGGGUCAUACUCUUUAUCCAUCCAACCUCUAUAAAAUCUGUACUGGGUCAGUAAUAAACCACAUUUGUAGUACUUCAAGGUUUACAUAAUACUUCCCCCCCCCCCCCAAUAGCAUUUUGAGAAUGUUAGUCUUAUCAGUCUAUUGCCAAGGAGUAGCUAGUGGACAGAGCCCAAGAUUUGGAAGUCAGAAACAUCUGAAUUUGAAUCCUACUUUACUCACUUACUAGCUGUAUGACUUGGGCAAAUCACUUAACCUCUUUGUGCCUCAGUUUCCAUAUAUGUAAAAUGGGAAGAGUAAUAGCACUUAUCCCACUGUGUUGUUAGGAUUAUCAAAUGAGUGUAAUAUGUAAAGUAUUUUGCAAAUCUUCAAGCAUUACAUGAAUGUUGAUUAUUAUUAUUGCACCCAAUUUACAAAGGAACUGAAGCCCAGAAAGUUAAAAAAAAAAUAGCUAGCCCAAUUCAUAUAGUUGGGACAGGUCUUCUGAAAAGAUCAGAAUUUUUUCUUUUUAAACAAUGUCUUAAUUACAUUUCACUUUAUUUUUAUGAAGAUCUGCUUCCCAUUUCUCCCUUUCCCCAUGAAGAAAAAAAGAAAAACCUAAACAAAAACCUUGUUACAAACAUGAAUAGUCAGGAAAAAAAAUUCUUGGAUUGGUCACAGCAAAAAAAAAAAGGCUUAAUCUGCAUUCUCUCUAUCAGAUUGUGGGUAGUGCUCUACAAUUGUGGUUGGUCACUAGGUUGAUCAGAGUUAAUAAGUUUUUAAUAGUUAUUGGCCUUAUGCUGUUAUUAUUGUAAAAAUUAUUCUUUGCAUUCUUCAUACAAGUCUUCCCAAAUUUCUCUGAAAUCCCUUUCAUUAUUUGUUAAAGCAUGAAAAGUAUUCCAUCACAUUCAUAUACUACAACUUGUUUAUCCAUUCCCCUUUUGAUAUAUACUCUGAAUUUCCAUUUCUCCUAGCAGGUGCUUAACAAUGCUAGUUUCCUAGCUGCCACCAUGCUUCUUUGUUGACCACCCUCACCACACCAGGAGCUUUCAGUAUUUUUUGUGCAAAAGUCCUUAUCCUUUUAUCUCUUUGGCAGCAUUAUCCCUAGUAAAAUGAUAUGGCUAGGUCCAAGGGUAUACACAGGUUAGUUAGUAGCUUUUGGAGCAUAACUGCAUAUUGAUUUCGGUAAUGGCUGGACCAGUAUACAGUUCCUCCAAUAGUACAUUGAUGUGCCUGAGCCCCUUUGCCAUUUUACUUUUAUCUUGUUGUCGUCAAUUCUGCUAAUCUAAGAGGUAUGUGGUAGAACCUAAUUGUAGUUAUAUUUAGCAUUUUUCUAAUCGCUACUGAUUUAGAGCACCCCCUCUCUCCCAAUAUGGCAAUGGAUAACGUCUAUUUCUUCCUCUGAAAACUGCCUAGUCCUAUCCUUUUGAUCAUUUAUCAGUCACCACGGCUUUUCCCACCAAAUCACACUAUGCCUCCCUUUAAUAGUUUCUUCUGUGUGUAGGACACUUUGGGGACAAUCAUCUCUUUAAGCAACCAGAGUAAGCCUUGUUAGCCUCGAGAGCAGUAGUCUGGUUUGCCCCAGACAGGAAUGGCUCAGCCCAGCGAACUGUCCAAGGUGACACACAUACAAUACGUACACAUACAUACGUACGUACACACACGCACACACCUGCGAGUGUCACCACCAACUCUCACAGCAGGGAGCCCAAAGCUCUACCACACCCACACGCACACGCGCGCAAACACUAGGCAGGUGGAGGAGAGACCUACCCCUAACCUGACGCGCAGUCAAAGAAGGGGGAAUGAAUGAGUAACUGCGCAUGUCCCUUUCCGGCACCCAUACCCUCGUCUUCCGCUACCUGCCGCGGGAAGGCUGUUGGCCGUUGACAGGACCCAGUCGGGACCUCUGGGAAAACGAAUUCACUCGACCGACCGUUCGGCUGCGAACUGCCCUGCUUUCCUUCACCCUCCACCCCUUUUGGAGGGUGGACAGCCAAGACUUCAGCUCCGACAGACGUACGCCAUCUCGACUACUACGUGUGACGGCACACGUAGCCGCGAGCGCAAUUGAUUGGCAGGGCGGAGCUAAAAGGAGGCGAGGCGCGCCAAGAGCGCGGAGGGGAGGUGGGCAGGGAGUGAAGAGAACUACAGUUCCCAGUUUCCUUCGCGCAAUGUGAGAUUUAGAGGUGGUGGGCGAAGAUUCGGGCAGGUAUUCCCAGCAUGCCCCAGCCUGGGAACCUUAGCCCCAGGGUAGGAAAAUCAGGCAUGGAGGUCCCAGCCACCUUCUUCCCGUCUAAAGGCGGGAACACUGUGGACACUACAACUCCCAGGUGCCGGCGCGCGGCCGCGCCUGCGCCUUGGCGCCCGUCGCCAUCUUGCCCCCUUCUGAGGAACCGCAAAACAAACCCAAUUCCUGCUGGCCCGGGUCUCGUCGGUGGAACCUUUUAGAUGAUCUGCGAAAGGCCAGGCAGAGAAUAUAAGCUCUGUGGGGCUACAAAACAGGAGCAAGGAUGCCUGUUGUAUGGCCAACCCUUCUGGAUCUCAGCAGGGAUGAAUGCAAAAGGAUCCUUCGAAAAUUGGAAUUGGAGGCAUAUGCUGGAGUUAUCAGUGCCCUGCGGGCACAAGGGGACCUCACGAAGGAAAAGAAAGAUCUUCUUGGGGAACUCUCAAAAGUUCUUAGUAUUUCAACAGAACGCCAUCGUGCUGAAGUGCGGAGAGCAGUAAAUGAUGAACUGUUAACAACAAUUGCACAUAAAAUGAAUUUAUCCUUAUAUUUGGGUGAGAGACCAAGUUACAGUAUGUCUGGACCCAAUAGCUCUUCAGAAUGGUCUAUUGAAGGUCGUCGACUAGUACCACUGAUGCCCCGGUUAGUUCCCCAAACUGCCUUCACUGUCACAGCUAAUGCUGUUGCCAAUGCAGCUAUCCAGCACAAUGCAUCUCUUCCAGUGCCUGCAGAAACAGGAAGCAAAGAAGUAGUGGUUUGUUAUUCCUAUACGAGUACCACGUCAACCCCAACCUCCACCCCAGUUCCAAGUGGCAGCGUUGCAACGGUAAAGUCACCGAGACCUGCCAGUCCUGCCUCCAAUGUAGUUGUUUUGCCAAGUGGAAGUACUGUUUAUGUCAAAAGUGUUAGCUGUUCAGAUGACGAUGAAAAGCCCAGGAAAAGAAGACGAACAAAUUCGUCUAGUUCUUCCCCUGUUGUUUUAAAGGAAGUUCCCAAGGCUGUCGUUCCUGUCUCUAAGACUAUUACUGUGCCUGUAAGUGGCAGCCCCAAGAUGAGCAAUAUCAUGCAGAGCAUUGCCAACUCCUUACCCCCCCACAUGUCUCCUGUGAAAAUCACCUUCACAAAGCCCUCCACUCAGACAACCAACACGACGACACAGAAGGUGAUCAUCGUGACUACAUCACCAAGCUCAACCUUUGUACCCAACAUUCUUUCGAAAUCUCAUAAUUAUGCUGCAGUCACUAAACUCGUUCCCACAUCAGUCAUUGCCUCCACAACUCAGAAGCAACCUGUGGUCAUAACUGCUUCCCAGUCCUCUUUGGUCAGUAGCAGCAGCAGUGGCAGCAGUAGUUCCACUCCAUCCCCCGUUCCUAAUACCAUUGCCGUAACAGUCGUGGUGUCCUCAACACCAUCUGUGGUUAUGUCAACAGUAGCACAAGGGGUAUCCACAUCAGCAAUUAAGGUGGCAUCAACCAGACUUCCUUCCCCUAAAAGCUUGGUGGCCACCCCUACUCAAAUUCUAGCACAAUUCCCUAAACAACAUCAACAGUCCCCAAAACAGCAACUACAUCAAGUUCAGCAACAGACCCAGCAGCAGUUGGCCCCUCCCACAGCAAUAUCUCAUCAGCAACAGCCCCAGCAGUCUCAGUUACCACCUGGCAUCAAACCCACCAUCCAAAUCAAACAGGAAUCAGGUGUUAAAAUCAUCACUCAGCAAGUUCAGCCAAGUAAAAUCCUCCCUAAACCAGUCACAGCAACACUGCCCACUAGUAGCAAUUCACCUAUUAUGGUGGUGAGCAGCAAUGGGGCAAUUAUGACAACUAAACUGGUUACCACUCCUACUGGUACACAGGCAACCUACACUCGACCAACAGUUAGCCCUUCAAUAGGGGCUCGAAUGACUGCUACCCCUGGAGCUGCUACCUAUGUGAAAACCACCAGUGGCAGCAUCAUUACAGUAGUACCCAAAUCAUUAGCUACCUUGGGGGGCAAGAUAAUUAGCAGUAACAUAGUCUCUGGAACGACCACCAAAAUCACCACCAUACCAAUGACUUCCAAGCCCAAUGUGAUUGUUGUGCAAAAGACCACAGGAAAAGGAACGACCAUUCAAGGCCUCCCGGGCAAAAACGUUGUCACAACAUUACUAAACGCUGGAGGGGAAAAGACCAUUCAGGCAGUGCCAGCAGGAGCAAAACCAGCUAUCAUCACCGCUACGAGACCCAUCACAAAAAUGAUUGUGACUCAGCCAAAAGGAAUAGGCUCUACGGUUCAGCCAGCAGCUAAAAUCAUCCCAACAAAAAUUGUUUAUGGGCAGCAAGGCAAAACACAGGUUCUCAUCAAACCCAAACCAGUGACUUUUCAAGCCACAGUUGUCAGUGAACAGACAAGGCAGCUGGUAACAGAAACCUUACAGCAAGCCUCCAGGGUCGCUGAGGCUGGAACUGCAUCUGUUCAAGAGGUGAAAGAAGAACCACAGAGCUAUACAGAUAGUAGCUCCUCUUCUACUGAAUCUUCCCAAAGUUCCCAAGAUUCCCAGCCUGUAGUUCAUGUAAUUGCUUCCCGGCGUCAGGAUUGGUCAGAACAUGAGAUUGCAAUGGAGACUAGUCCUACUAUAAUUUAUCAGGAUGUAUCCAGUGAAUCGCAGUCAGCUACUUCAACAAUCAAAGCACUCUUAGAACUCCAGCAGACAACAGUGAAGGAGAAAUUGGAAUCCAAACCAAGACAAGCCACUAUUGACUUGAGUCAAAUGGCAGUUCCUAUUCAAAUGGCCCAAGAAAAGCGGCGCUCUCCUGAGAGUCCGUCAAUCGCUGUGGUGGAGUCAGAGCUUGUCACUGAGUAUAUCACCACUGAACGCACUGAUGAGGGAACAGAGGUUGCAUUUCCCCUUCUAGUUAGCCAUCGUUCCCAGCCCCAUCAGCAGUCCUCCCAGCCCCAGCGGACUCUGCUUCAGCAUGUGGCCCAGUCUCAAACAGCUACACAGACUUCGGUGGUGGUCAAGUCCAUCCCUGCAUCAUCUACAGGCGCCAUUACCCACAUCAUGCAGCAGGCUUUAAGCAGUCAUACAGCUUUUACCAAACACAGUGAGGAGCUUGGAACUGAGGAAGGCGAGGUAGAAGAGAUGGACACUUUAGACCCUCAGACAGGUCUGUUUUAUAGAUCAGCUCUGACUCAGUCACAAGCCCCCAAACCACAGAAGCCCCAACUGGAGCCAGCUCAACUGCAAGUGAAAACUCUUCAGUGCUUCCAGACUAAACAGAAGCAAACUAUCCACCUGCAGGCUGAUCAGCUCCAGCAUAAACUCCCGCAGAUGCCCCAGCUUUCCAUCAGACACCAAAAGCUUACCCCUCUUCAACCAGAGCAAGCACAGAUCAAGGCCGAGGUGCAGCACAGCCAGCAUCACCCAGGGGCCAAAGAAAGGCAGCUCCCCACGCUAAUGGCACAGCCCCAGCAGACUGUAGUACAGGUUCUGGCUGUGAAAACUACGCAGCAGCAGCAGCAGCAGCAGCUCCCCAAACUCCAGCAGGCACCGAAUCAGCCAAAAAUCUACGUGCAGCCCCAGCCCCCGCCCCCUCAGGGCCCCCUGCAGCUCCCCGCAGCUUCUGAGAAACAGCCAGCGAGCCAGGUGGAGCAGCCAGUUAUAACUCAAGGAUCCUCUGUUACAAAGAUAACCUUUGAGGGGCGGCAGCCUCCCACUGUUACAAAGAUAACUGGUGGCAAUUCUGUGCCUAAGCUGGCAGUGCCAGUUACAGGCAUAUCUCCCAUGCAGGCAUCUGAGAAGACAGCAGUCUCAGACAUUUUGAAAAUGUCUAUGAUGGAAGCUCAGAUUGACACAAAUGUAGAACAUAUGGUAGUGGAUUCCCCCAACAAGGCAAUUGCCACUAAUAAACUCCCUGGUGAAGCAGACUCGUCACCCUCUACCCAGGUGGUGGCAGUAGGGCUGGCGACUUCCACUCCCCAGCAACAGAAAUGUAGAGAAGCCUGUUCAAGUCCUUCUGCUAUUGGUCCAUCUUUAACGACACGGAAAAUUGAAGCACCAGGAGUACCUACAACAGGCCAGUUCAUACGUAUUCAGAAUAUAGGCCAAAAGAAAGCUGAAGAGAGCCCUGCAGAAAUUAUUAUCCAGACUAUCCCUCAGUAUUCCAUUCCUUGUCACUCCAGCUCCAAUGUGGUGGUAGAACCCAGUGGGUUUCUUGAACUCAAUAACUUCACUAGUCAGCAGCUGGAUGAAGACGAGACGGUACUGGAACAGGACUUGGACAGCAGCACAGAGGAGGGAACAGAACCCAGCCCUUCUCAAAAUUCAGCCGAACGGUCCUAGUGUUUUGGACACCAGAGUGCACUUUAAAACCUGCUGGGUUCUCUUCCCAAGUGUCCAGGGAAUUCCUUGUAUUUUGUUGUAUAAAGAGAGCACUUUGCAAUUAGUUAUGCUGUGGAUCCUGAAAUGACAGGUGCGUUUCACCAAAAUGUUGCUGCCAGAGCACCAUUUUAAAACUUGAGUUGAAACUCACAAGGGUAGAAUGUCCUUUUUUAAAAAAGAAAAAAAAAAGAAUUAAAUAAAAAAGGAAAAGAAAAAAAAUCUGCAACAACUUAAGACCUUCUUAGUACAAACUUCUCUUGGACUAUAACCAGAUAGAAAACUUUGUCCUGCAGUGAAGAGAGACUUUUCCUGUUUUUGUUUCUCAGUUGGUAUCUGCUAAACAAAACACCUUUGGAAAGGACUGUGAAUGGACAUGUGUUUUUGGAAAAGCACACCAGGGACAGUUUUAAAUCUCUUUCUUUAUUCUUUCUUUCUUUUUUUUUUUUUGCAAAGCCCCAGGAAAUGUUGAGCUGGUGACCAUUUUGCACUUGGCCCAAUUCAUAUUGAAUUACUAAAAAACUUAGAAAAAUAUUAGCACUAAAGUUCUUUCGGGAUCCUUAAGAGUGAGUUCAAUCAUUCACUGUUGAUCGUAUGUGGAUUUGGUAGCUGUCUUUGAGGCUUGUGUACUUUCACAAGUUGUAUGCUAUUUAUUUACAAAACAAUAUUCUUAGAGCCACAGGCAGCACUAUUCACUUUCUGUUUAAAUGUAAAGAUUUCAAAACAGGCUUUGCCCCUUUUGACUUACUCCUUUUAACUAGGAAUACAAUUUUUGAACACACCUGAGAGAAUGUUUCACUGUGAUGUGGAGGGAAAGAAAUUUUUUGAGCCUAAAGAAAAUGUUCAUUCAAAUUAGGAAAAAUCAUAAUUAUUACAGGAUGAGUUCUUACUGUGAAAUUGCACAUUUAUAUUGGACUAAGGCUUUGGGAAAACACACAUACAUGUGUAUACUCACACUCACCUCUUUUAUGUGGUUGUCUACCCCCUUGUGAAUGUACAAAUGUUCAGUUGCUAUUCUAAGCUUACGAUGUUUUAAAGGUGUUCUACCUUCUUAGGGCACAGUCUAUUCAAGCAAUAUGUUUGGGUCUUGUGAUCACUGUAUGUCACAGAUAGGAAGGGGUGGGUGGGGGAGGGAAAUGGAUUGGAGGGUUAGAGAGUCAGUUUUGACAAGUUGUGGAAAAGGAAACAGUACUUUUCAUUUUUUAAAAUAAUGUAAAUAAAAUAAGUUUUUAACGGUUUUAUAUAGAUUUCACUAUAAAUAAGCAUUUUAAGACUUUGACAAAUUGUUGACCUGUAUAUACAUAUAUCAGCAUAACUGCCCAAUUUUUUGGUGCUGAAGUACUGUAAGUAGAAUUCAUCAGCAGUCUCCUAAUUUUUGCGUCUGUUUUUUUAAAAACUGUGAUAUUGUAGUAAAUAAAUUACAACUAAAGGAACACUGAGGAUUCAAAUACAAGAAUUCAGAAGAUG